AUGAUUCGAUUGGAAGGGAAUUACUUUGUUAGGGAUACGGAAGGAAAUCAAUGUGCUGGCAUCGUGAUGUUCCUCAUAUUUGGCACAGUAUGCAAUGUUCUAGCCUACUUGGCUAGUGUAUGGUCGGCACAACUCAACGCCGAAGUAGUGAAAACUGCUGUUGAGAAUGAGCAUACGUUGAGAUUCAAGUUGAAGAAAGCCUUAUCACAAGCUCCAUCAAAGUACCUGAUUGGACUGUUGAAUUUUGGUGGAAGAGUCCUGAGCGCCAUAGGGACGGUAAUGCUAGUACAGGUCGUUGCGUCAUGGUGUAGAAGGAGACGGUAUAGUGUUUUGAUGAAAAGUGCUACUGAAGAAGCAGAUACAGUUUUGGGGGAUGCACAUAUGGAUAUGACCGAUACUGCCGGCGAAUGCUGCCUGAGUUGCUUUCAGGCUUUCACGUGA